UCACACCGGCGUCAAUGUUUUGAUUUUUGUUUUGUUUGAAUUUUGUUAAAAUUUGAUCUGUUCGUAUGAAAUUAAGCCAUGCUAUACUUGCUGGAUCUACUGGCUAAUGGCAUACAUGCAAUUGCGAACUUCGUGUACUACUUUCUGUGGGGCAGCUGUUUCAUAGGCUAUUGCCUUGUGGAGGGCGGUAUCCGUGCCUGGCAUUUCAUGAAAUGCACCGGCUGCGAGCUCCGUCACUUUUACAACAAGCUGCACAACAACAUUGUGGAUGUGGUGAACUACUUGCAGGGCGGCACACGUGAUGGCUUGCUGAAUACAACAGCUUUCUUUCUAUCCUGCGGCUCUUACUUUUGUGGCCUGCUGGAAGGCCUGGGCACAGUGGUACUGUGGCUGCUAAUGCUGCUACCGCGUGCAAUUAUCACCAUUCUCGACUAUGUACUGGCCUUUGUGGUGGACACGAUUCUGGCCCGCGGCUGGCGUCUAGUCUACAGUCUGUUCCAUCUGUCGAUUGGCGUCGCCCUGCUGCUCGUUCUCUACAUGUUCCGACGCUACGUGUACCUGCUGCUCAUCUACCUACUGCAGCGGACCCGCACAGAGCUCAGACGGAAAACGCUGAGCGCUUAUCUGUGGACAGCGCACCAGCUGAGCCGAAUGUGGAGAGUUGGUUCCAAGCCAGCCAACAACGAUGGCGUUACACCCAGCAGCGGCGCCUGUGUGGUGUGCAUGGAGCGUCGCACCAACAUUGUAAUCCUGCCCUGCCGUCAUCUGUGCCUAUGCACAGAGUGCUCUGAGCAGAUGUUAAGGUACACGGACUUGAGCUCCGCUUGUCCCAUUUGCCGCGAGUCCAUUGAUGGCUAUCUGCGUGUGUAUGUUUAACGGUGCAUUGGUAGUGGUGUGAAAAACUGUUAUACACGCGUGUACGUGUCGGCAGCGCAGCGGCAGAGCCUGCACAACCCAAUGGACCACAAGACGAGAGCAAAGCGAAACUAUCGCAAAAUGUUCGUAAACGGACUUGGAAAUAGUACAAAUCUCUUUAGAGAUUUUUAUCAUUUCUAUAUAUUUUUAUAAAACGAUUUUUAUAAUUUCCAAGUGCCGUGCCGAGCCCUAGUUUAAGCCAUAUGACUCCUAACUGUAAAUAAGACUGCUAAUUCGAAUUCGAAGCCACAAUUAGACUAGUCAUAAGUCAAGUUAUGUAUAUAUAUCCAAAGAUAAAGCACAAAAGGCAAUAUAAACCCUAAGAAAAGACUCAGGAAUAAGACUAGAAUAAGAAAAUAAAGUCCAAACAGAGAUAAUGUUUUUACAAACACUUUCCAGUUAGCAAUUCAAUUGAUUUAGUUGUUUUAUUUCAAACCAAUUAAAAUAUACGAUUUGUGUUUUGUAUACAUUUAUGUAAAUACGUUUUGGUUUGUAUAUAACUAAUUUGUUUUUAAAAGACAGAUAUAGAAAAAAUGUUUCUUUUGUGUUUAUUAACUUGUAGGCUUACAGUUUUUAUUUUUUACAUAUAUAAAUGUAGUUCGAAAUGAAAUGAUUUGCUUUGCAGAGUUAAUUGAAUUGCCCGAUAUACACUGUGUCCACAUAUAUCAUAACAUUCAGAUGCAUAUUGUUUGUUUUUG